CCUCGCUCACACCCUUACCUUUACUCUUGCCUUCAUUCUCAUGCUCACCCCCUCAUCUCAUCCACACGAGUUCGCCGUCAGUCUGCCCGGGGAACCCCAAAACAAGCCCCCCGUGAACCACCGUCUUCGCCCCCUCCAUCAUCACCAUGGACGCCUUCCUCAAGUCUCGGGAAACCCGACCUCAGCUGCUCCAGAGCCUCCUGGCGGCCCUCCCGCCGCUGGACCCUUCCCUCGAGGAGUUCCGCGAUGUCGCGACCCUCCCCGACGGCUACAAGAUCGACCUGCAAAUCGUCCGACCGCGCGGCGUCAACGAGGCCAACGGCGGCCGGCCCCUGAUCCUGCUGUGGCCCGGCGGGGGGUUCAUCGUCGCGGGCGUCGAGCCCACGACGCGGCCGGCGCGCGAGUUCGCGUUCGAGUUCGGCGCCGUCGUCGUCAACGCCACCUACCGCCUGGCGCCCGAGAACAAGUUCCCGCAGUCCGUGAGGGACGGGUACGAGACGGCCGUUUGGCUUUCGCGGAACGCAGGCCGGUUCGGCGCGGAUAUCGGCAAGGGCUGGGUUGUCGGCGGGUUCUCCGCCGGGGCCAACAUCGCCUCGGUCGUCAGCCAGCGAUCCGGGGUGGAGGGCCUGGGGAUCACGGGCACCCUCCUGGGCAUCCCGUUCCUACUCGUCAAGGAGAUCGUGCCCAAGAAGUACGCGGCGGAAUGGGUCUCCCGUGAGGAGAACGCCACGUGGAGCCCGACGUUCACCAGCGCGGGCAUCGAAGACGUGCAGAGGGGCCUUGAGCCGGAUAUUCGGUCGCCGUGGUUCUCGCCGUUCAACGACGUCGAGGCGAUAGCCAAGUCCCCGAGGACCUACAUCCAGGUCGGAGACCGUGACCCGCUGAGAGACGAUGGGCUCCUGUACGCAAAGGUUUUGAAGGACAACGGGGUCGAGGCGAGGGUCGACAACUACCUGGACUGGGGACACCAGGGAUGGAGCAUCUUCGCGCCAGCCGAUGCACCGGCGGAAUUGGGACCCAACACGAUGAAGGGGAUGCGAUGGCUUCUUGGAAAGGAGUAGAUCUCGAAGGAGGUUGGGAAAAAGCCCAAUAUCACACAUCAUGAGUUAGAACUCCUACAAGCGACUCUGGGAUUAAUUACGAAUGGCAUAGAGAUGUAGCAAUCAUCCGUUUCAUUCAAUGAAGUGAUGCAGUACU